GGAUUUAAAUGUAAUAUUUUAUAUUAUAAAGGCAUCAAUACCACCAGAGAUGUGGCAUUGAUGUCAGGCUGUAUGUUGUGGUGCCUCUACUCAGCUUCUCUGGGGUCCAUUUUCAGGGCCGAAUGCAGCAUUUGUCCACAUUGACAGCACAAUGACAUGGACUGAGGCCCAGAGCUACUGCAGAGAACACCACACAGACCUGGCCAGUGUGAGAAACCGGGCGGAGAACCAGCAGCUUGUUGAGCUGUUUCCUGGAGGGGCUUAUUGGAUUGGCCUUUACAGAGACUCCUGGAAGUGGUCCGAUGGAAGCAACUCCUCCUUCAAGUACUGGGCAGUAAAUGAACCUAACUACAGAGCUUCAAAGGUUUGUGUGGCUGCAGCUUUCGACAACUCUGGAAAAUGGGAGGACUUGGACUGUGAAGUGGAGAAACCAUUCAUUUGCUACAGACCUGUUCUGCCUGUGAUAAAGGUGAGGGUGGAGAAACCAAACGGUGUGGAUCUGAACGACCAAGCCUUUCUGGAUGCGAUGUUGGUGGAGGCGAAAAAGAACCUAAGGGCCCAGGGAUUGGACGACAACGUCCAUCUGGCCUGGAGGAAGCAGCCGGAUGGACAAGUCUUCCACGAGGAGGAGGAGAAGAAGAGGGAUGAGCUCUAAAGCUGAAUUGCUGUGUCGGCUUUUAUCAGAGAAAAGUGUGUUUCUUUCCUCAAAGUCCUCGUGUUACAGAAUUCAGCUGCAACAAUGAUCUGAAUAAUCAAUUAGUUACGAUCAUUUUGAUAGAAGAUAGAGAAUGUAAUGCUUUUCCUUGUUAUAUAUGGUUAUGAAUUUAAUAUGUUUAGGGUUUUUACUAUUGAAUGUAUUUGCUUGGCCGGUGGGAGAUAAUAAUAAAAUGUUUGGCUUUUGUUGAAUUCUGAUCAAGAUUAAAUUACCAAUAAAAAAAAUGACCUUUAAUGAAAUUUCAUACAAAAAUGUG